AUGGUGGCCGGAACAGCAGCAGCAACAGCUGAUGCGUGUCCCGCCCAAUCCCCCGAGGAAAUAAGGGCAAGUGAAGCUAUAAGGGAACCAUUGAAGGCUAGGUGGGAAGAGAAGUUACAAGAAUUAAGACAAGAAUGGCAACGGCAAAAUUCAGCUCCGUCCGCGCAUACUGGGACUCCUGGACAAGUUGUCCAAUCCGUAGCCCUUCCGCCUAAUUUGAAGGAUGAAGUGACGACAAUGUUGGAUGGGAUGAAGUCCCACUUGGAUGCGAUGUACACCGGGCAAGGCAGUGUCUCAGCUGCAUGUGCAAACCUGUGGGCCCCGGGGGAAGAGAAGAAAGCGGGGGGGCAAACGGAUAACAUGAAGAAAGUAUGCAAAACAUUAGUGCAAGUAGUUAAUUGGAUGGGCAAUUUAGAGAAGGAUGGGACUAAGGAAAGAAGUAAUAGCACGCAGGAGAAAGAUUGGGAGAAAUAUUUAAGGUGUGUAAUAGGUUAUGAAGUUCUGUUAAGAAUCCUUUUACCUAAGUAUAAAGUGGAGGAGUUCAUGAAAAUUAUCUCUGAAGUUAUGAAAAAAGGGGGUAGUGAAGGUAAAGAUAAAAAUGGGAAUGCCAUAUGUCCUUGGGUCAAAUUGGAAGAUAUUGGAAAUGAGGAAGGCUCCAUUGGGUCCCACGUACAAGAUUGGUUAAAUAAAGCAAAACAGGAUUCGGGGAAGGGCAGUAUUAAGGACUUCAAGCACAUAAUAGCAUGGUCUAGGCCAGAUAAGGAUGAGGAUAAACAAAAGGAAAGGGCCAAACGAAGAGCAAGAACUUGUAAGAGUGAUAGUAUUAUGGAUUUACUUCAAGCUGGUGUAUCAAAUCCAUUAGAAGUAUUAGUCGAUCCAUUAGAAAAAGCUAAUGAUUGUAUCGAGAAAGCGCAGACUGACAACAGCGGCAAAACCAAUGUUCUAUGCAAUCGCUUAAAAUGUAUUGAUGACUACUUGAAGAAACUGCCACCACCACCAUCACCAACAACACCAUCACCAGGAGGACCACCAGGAGGAUCACAACCACAAACAGGACAACUGUCAGCUACGAACACAUUCUGGGAGAACAAUGGCGCAGUGAAGGCACUGUGGGAUGAAUUAGCACAAGCAAUGAUAGAUAAUGGCACAAAUGAGCAGACGGAAUGUAAACAGUUGCCAAAUCCGUCUGAAAAGGCGGCAUGCAAUUAUUUGCAUGCCGGCUUUAAAGAACUGUACAAGGAUAUGUCGACGCCGUCGCCGUCAGGCGACGACGUCUUAAAGAACAACCCAUCGUUUAGACAAACGAUGGGUUGUUUUUUACUUCACGCUUAUGCAAAACACAUGAAAGAAAAAGCAACUUGUCUUAUUGAUGAUGGUAUAAAGAAAGCUUUCGAAAAUGCUGGUAGUUGCACUAGUAACAGUAAUGGAACGUGUAUUCCAUGCAAAUGGCAGAAGGAAGACAACAGUUGGGAAGAUUGCCUUCAGAACAUUCCCAUAAAUGGUGGCACAACUGGCACAGGGGAUAAUGCAAAGAAGAGAGUGGAAAAAAUUGUCCAGGAUGACGCAGACGGAAAAAUAAGGGAUAUGCUAACAAAAAUAAAUACAAUGUCUUUAUGCGAUCGCUUUCAAUGUAUAUCCGAAAGAUGGCUAAAGCAGAAUAAAAGCAAUGGCGAACGUCUCACAUCAACGGACUGGGAUAGGGUACGGAGUAGAGUCACAAGUCAAAUCACCGAACUUGCUACCGCAACAUCGGAAAAUAUGAGGAAGGACACAAAUCUCAGUAAAUAUUGCACUAUGAAGGACGAUAAGGAUGGAAAGGAGGCUUGCCUCCUUAUAGCAGCAGGAUUAAAAAACCUCUACGACAUCGAGGAUAAGGGCAACAACUCUGUUGAUGCAUCGUUCCAAAGAACGAUGCGUUGUGUUCUAUUGAAUGCCAUUGCAGAGAGACUACUAGAAUUGCCGUGCAAAGAUGAGAAAAGUGUUGAGGCAGGGAUAAGGAAGGCAUUUGAUGAGAGCGGUAAUAUUAUGACUGCAAGUGGCAAUUGCAAGGAUGAUAAAUGUUUUAAGUGUGAGAGGUUUAAAACUUAUAAGAGUUGCACAAUAAAAGAGAAUAGCACUGUCGGUUCGAAGGAAGAGAAGUUACAUGAGGAAAUUGACCCCAAGUUGAAAGAUAGUGUUCUUCUUAGUACUAGUUCCUUAAGGACGUCUUCUCUAACCAAGACCAUAUGUAAACCGUGUGAAGAAACGAACUUAUGUGAACGCUUAGGGUGUAUUGUGAAGAAAUGGGAAGGAAGGAAUAACAAGUCCCCAAGCGGAAAGGUUACCUGGGAAAAGAUGAAGGUUGACUUUGAAAAAGUGUUAGAAGCACUCCUAAAUGACAUGAAAGAUAGGACAAAGCAGGAUAAUGCUGACACCUACUGCAACGCAGACAAAGACGGCAACACAUGGAGCGGAAGCGACGCCCAUGGCGUCGCAAACAAGACUGCUUGCAAACUUGUUGCAGCAGGAUUACAUCACAUAUCGAAUAUUCAGCUUGAAUAUAAUGAUACGGCCAAUCCGGGGAAGGGUGAGGAUAAAAACCCUUAUGAUAACCAAGAAUUCCAUCAAUUAGUUUCUUGUUUAAUGUUAAACGCUGUCGUACAGAAAAUGAAGGAACACAGCCCCAUUUGCGACAUACAACCGGGCAUAACGAAGGCUUUCGGCGUAGUAGACAAAAUUAAAACAGAUAAUUGCAAGAAUGAUAAACCCUGCAUUCUUUGUAAAUGGAGCGACGACGACUAUAACAAACUUGACUCCUGCCCCAUUGGCACUGGCAAUGCCACUGACAAAGUGAAGCCCACAUUGGAAGCAUUACUCACAGGAGGGAAGAAGAACGAAGUCGAGGCCGCCCUCAUGGACAUAACUAGAACACAUGGAAAUGCGUCUUCUUCUUUAUGUCUCCGUUUACAAUGUCUAGCUCCUCGAGUUCAGGCAUCCAACAAUGCGGACGAUUUCUGGAACAAGGAGGUCAAGGACCUGUGGACAGAAUUGUCCACAGCAAUGACAGAGACAAAGGGCGAAGGCACUAAUGGAGGUAAAUGUAAUACAAUGGGAGAUGAUAAUAGGCAAGGAACUCAUUCCGAACAGACGGCAUGCAAUUAUUUGCAUGCCGGUUUAACCAAACUGUACAGCAAUGAUGGGACGUCGUCGACGCCGUCGACGACGUCGUCGUCAGGAACCAUCACCCUGAAGGACAACCCACUGUUGAGACAAACAGUGGGUUGUUUCUUACUUCAUUCUUAUGCAAAACAAAUGAAAGACGAAGCGAAAUGUUUAGUGGAAUCAGGAAUAAAAAAGGCAUUUAAGCUUGGUGAUGAUCUAAUUAAACAAGGUGCUAAUUGUAAUGGUACCAAUGGCACGGGACAAUGUGUCCUUUGCCAAUGGGAAGAAGAGAAAUAUGACAGUUGCCAAAUUACCACAACUGGCACAAAUGGCUCCACCAAAGAGAAGGUACAUCAGAAAUUAGAGAAAAUACAACCCAAAAUUAACGAAACCUCCACUGAGACCCUAAAGAAAAUAAAUGAAAUGAAGAACUUAUGCGAUUACAUUAAAUGUGCCGCACCCAAAUGGUUCAAGAACCACAGUAGCGUUACUGGUGGUACGAAGAAGGAUUGGUGUGAAUUUUGGGAUAAAGGCGUCAAACCGAAACUGGAGGAUAUGUUCAACAACAUCGCUCAGAAUGGAAAGAACAACACUAAUCCUGUAUGCAAAGCAUUUGGUGAUGAUAAUGAUGAUAGUGUUGAAAGAAAAGCAUGUAAUCAUAUCGCAGCAGGUUUAGACUACAUUAACCGAGUUCAGGUUACUCAGAACGGUAUUACAGAUGAUGAUAAGUUUUUUAAACGAAGUAUGAUGUGCGCAGCUCUUAACCUUUACGCUGAUCAAAUAAAACAAAAAUCUCAAGAUAAAUGUCCCAUUGAUGAGGAAAGAAUAAAAAAAAUGUUUACUAAUUGGAAUGCAUUUAAUAGAUUUUCGUCUUUGUCCUCGUCUUCGACUUCGUGUAAGAGUGGAGUUUAUGGUUGUUUUAAAUGUCAAAGGGAAGAAAAGUUUUCUGAGGGUUGCCACCUGAGCGUCGCAGACGCUCUGGUGGAUACGAAAUCACAACCAAAUGGAAAUUGCAAUACUAAGGCAACUGAAGUGAAGAAUAAAAUGGAUGGUCUUCUCGACGACUCUAGCACCAUCAAAAUGAAAACAACAUUAAAUGAAAUAAAUAAAAUGAAUCAUUUCUGUACUCAACUCCAAUGUGCUGCAAAGAAAUGGAAUCUGGCGACAAAAGGCAAAAAGGAAACACCAUCUUGGAAUGAUAUAGAGAGUGUAGUUAACGAUGAAUUAAAGAAACUUCUUGAAGAAAUGUCUAAGAAGAAUGAUGAUUCAACUUUUGACCAAUACUGCAAGGACGUCAGUUCUUCGUCGCCAAAGGACACAAAAGGAGAAAUAACUGCAAAGCAAAAAGCUUGUAAGCUUUUUGCUUCAGGUUUAAAACACAUUUCUGAUAUUAAAGACAAAAACCCAAACAACAUGGAUGUUGUACCACUUAAACAAACUAUGAUGUGCGCAGCACUUAAUCUUUAUGCUGAUCAAUUAAUAGAAAAAUCAACAAAACAAUGUCCCCUAGAUAAAAAAAAAAUGGAAGAGGCAAUAACCUACGCUUUUAGGAAAAGUAGUAACAUUAUGGGGAUUGGAACAGCUUCAUGCCCACCUGGUACUAAUGGUUCUAAUUCUUGUUUUGUUUGCAACAGAGAGGAAAAAGAUUUUCACAAUUGCCAAAUUGGCAACAAUUCCAAUGACAAAGUAGGGGAUAAAAUGACCGAACUCCUCGAACAGAAGAAAAGUGAAACCAAAAUGGACGAAACACUAGACAAAAUAAAUAGUAAGGACAUUUUCUGUACUGAACUCCAAUGUGCCAUUAAACAACAUUACAAUAAAGACAAAACCAAAAAUGGACUGUCAGGUGGAAUGGCCACACCUAAUUGGGACCAAAUCAAAGAUGACGCCAAGGGUGAAUUAUCGAAACUUCUACAACAAAUGACGGAAGGUCAGACUAAAUCGGACCUUUCCAAAUAUUGCAAUGACAACGACGCUAAAUGGAAUACUUUACGCAAUAAAGAAAAACAAACAAAUAAAGCAGCAUGUUUGCUUUUUGCUGCUGGAUUAAAGCACAUUUAUACCUAUGGUAAUGGCCGCGGUAGCGGCCCUGUUAAGGGCCCAUCGUUUGAACAAACGAUGGGUUGUUUAUUUCUUAAAGAAUAUGCAAAACAAUUAAAAGUAUUGGCAGAAAAUGAAAAAAAGCAUAAGGUACAUCCUCUUUGUAGUGUAGAUAAAGGCAUAGAUCGCGCUUUUGAACAAAGUAAAGACAUUAUGAAGAGUGUAUUACCUGAAUGUGACAAGGGUCCUAAUAGUAUUUCUUGUUUUGAAUGCAAAAUUGACCAAGAUUAUGGAACUUGCUUAAUUGGCACUGACAAUGUAAAAACCAAAGUGGAACCAAUGCUCAAAGACAAUGACCGAAACCAAAAACAUAUGGAAGAAACAUUAGCGAAUACACUUUGUCCCAUCCUUCUUACGGAUAUCCUUACCCCUUUUCUUCCUUUGGCUCCUGUCUCUAUUGGCCUUUCUGCUAUGGCUUAUUACCUUUGGAAGUAUUUUGGUCCUCUUGGUAAAGGAGGAGCACGUUUUAGAAGAUCUCCUGCUGAUAUUCCUGGUCCAUCAGUACAGGAACAACUCCUCGAUCAUGUGGAAGAAGCUGGUCCACAUGAAUAUCGAUUGGUGAAGGAACGAAAACCUCGUUCUGUUCCAGCGAGAACGAAACGUUCUGGUCCCGUGAAUCGCCGCACGAUUAUUGAAAUUCAUUUUGAAGUGUUGGACGAAUGUCAAAAAGGGGACACACAAUUGAACCAGAAGGAUUUUCUGGAACUUUUAGUUCGGGAGUUUAUGGGAAGCGAAUUAAUGGAAGAAGAACAGGUUCCUAAGGAAGAAGUUCUUAUGGAAAAUGUUCCUAUGCAAAAUGUUCCAAUGGAACGUGUUCCAAGUUUAGGUUCCGGGUUACUGGUUUAA